UAAAUUUUAAAAAUUUUUAAAUGGAUCUGUAGUAUAUUUAUAAUGUAUAUUAGUUUUCAUCUGUAUAUAGCAGUAAUAUGUUCGUUUUAUAUAUCGGAAGCACGAAGCGACUAUUAUUCAAUUCUAGGAGUAAAAAAAAAUGCAACAGAUAGAGAAAUUGAAAAGGCAUUUAGAAAAAAAGCAAAAAAACUGCAUCCGGAUGCGAAUCCGGGUAACGAAAAGGCGUUUGCAGAGCUUUCAAACGCCUAUGAGGUACUCAAGGAUCCUUCCAAGCGUCAAACGUACGAUAUGCACGGAGAGGAAGGUUUAAAGCAAGAAGGACCACAAGGGCAUCCAUAUCAACAUUAUUACGGAGACGGAGGCCAUACAUUUUUUUCAUUCGAGGGAUUCGAUUUCGACGAUGUGUUCACUCAUUUCAAUUUUGGAGGAGGUUCAAAGGGAGGUAGAAGAGAACAACAAUUUCAAAGUAAUAUAAGCUUUGAGAAUACAAUAGUGGAGGAAAUAUGCCCCAAAACAUACAAAAACUCGAUAAAAAAUAUCAGAGUUUUAAAUUUAUAUUACUUUUUCAUGUCAAACAGCAGAACCUGCCAAGCUGCACAUAAAGGGUUCGUUGAUACAAUAACCAAAUUUAAAGGGGCACUGAACGUAUAUGCGUUAAACUGUGAUAAACACUCAAACUUUUGUAAUAAAACUGUUAGAUCAGUACCUCACCUUAUCGCACAUAAUAACACCUCACCCGAUCCCGUAGUAUUUGAAAAUGAUGAGUACACACUAAAGCUGGAAAUAUGGCUCCACAAAAUCAUGCCAUCAGAGCUGGUGGAAAUUAAAGAUUAUAAACAUUUGAAAGAUUUUAUAGAAAACCAACCCAUCACACACGUGGUUUCUAUAGUUAAAAAGACUUUGUACUUGACACUACUAAAGUCAUUAUCGGUAUAUGUAAAGUCAAAAAUUAAAAUUGGAUACAUACGAGCCAGUAACAAGGAACUGAUUAGUAAUUUUAAUAAAAGCAGGACUGAGACGGCAAGGCUGUACCACAUACAAGAUUUAGAGUCUAUGGACGAGAAAUCAAUUGAGUUGAACUCUGAAAACUUUUCUGACGUUCUUUUAUGGCUCAACCUUAAGCAAAACGAGUAUAAGAAAAAGGGCGUCGGAACAUAUAAGGAGUUAACAAAGGCACUGUUAGACUCGGGGGAGUGUGGCCCAAAGGAUAACCAAUUCUGUUUCAUAUUCAUCAAGUAUGGAAACCGAGCAGAGCAUUCAUUACAUGAAGAACUUUCGAAUAUCUCUAAAAAAUAUAUACAAGAUGCUGUUAAAAUCAGAUACAUUAGCGCAGCCAACCAGCAUAAAUUCGUAUCGGCAUUUGGAUUAUCGUCAAGAUGCCCAGCAUAUGAAGUGUGUUCAAAGUUCAUAGCGUUCAGAGGCAAGAGGAGGAAAUUUAAGAUCAUGAAAAGUCCCUUGACGGCCACUAAUGUGCAAAAAUUCAUAGAUGAUGUUAUUACGAACCUGGUUUCCCUCGACACGAUUUUGUUGCAUGACCCUAGAAUCAUCGAUUAUUCUAACGAUGAAUUUUAAUAAAUAUAUA